GUUAUGUACCUCUGAUCCGCCGCCAUGGAUUGCAAUCCGCGAUCACUCCUUUUCAUUUUACCUCUUUUAUUGUCCUGCGUUAUUCCUGCGUUUGCCAUCAUCUACCCUCCCAAUGAAGUCAACCUGUUAGACUCUAAAGCAAGCCAGGGGGAGUUAGGAUGGAUUUCCUACCCAUCGCAUGGGUGGGAAGAGAUCAGUGGGGUGGAUGAGCACUACACUCCCAUCAGGACCUUCCAGGUCUGCAACGUGAUGGAGUACAGCCAGAACAACUGGCUUCGCACCAACUGGAUCCCUCGCCAGUCAGCCCAGAAGAUCUACGUGGAGCUGAAGUUCACCCUGAGGGACUGCAACUCCAUCCCGUUGGUCCUGGGCACCUGCAAGGAGACGUUCAACCUCCUCUACCUGGAGACAGACGACGACCAGGGCAGCCACUUCAGAGAGCACCAGUUCUCUAAGAUCGACACCAUUGCCGCCGAUGAGAGUUUCACCCAAAUGGACCUCGGCGAUCGCAUCCUCAAGCUCAACACUGAGGUGCGCGAAGUGGGUCCUAUGACCAAGAAGGGCUUCUACCUAGCGUUCCAGGACGUGGGCGCCUGCGUAGCUUUAGUUUCAGUGAGGGUUUACUUCAAGAAGUGCCCGUACACUGUGAGGAAUCUGGCCUCCUUCCCUGAUACUGUGCCCAUGGACUCCCAGUCGCUGGUGGAGGUCAAAGGCUCAUGUGUCAAUCACUCCAAAGAGGAGGAGCCGCCACGAAUGUACUGCAGCACAGAGGGGGAGUGGCUGGUGCCUAUUGGGAAGUGUCUAUGUAACUCGGGGUACGAGGAGAGAAGCAACACCUGCCAAAUGUGCAGGGCGGGCUUCUACAAAUCUACGCUCGGGAACAUGGAGUGUUCAAAGUGUCCGCCUCACAGCUUCUCCCACCAUGAGGGGUCGUUGCACUGCGGCUGUGAGAAGAACUACUUCCGUGCUGAGGGAGACCCCGCCUCCAUGGCGUGUACCCGUCCUCCUACAGCUCCUCGAAACGUGAUCUCUUCCAUCAACGAGACUUCAGUCAUCCUGGACUGGAGCUGGCCGGAGGACACCGGCGGGCGCAGGGACAUCACCUUCACCGUGCUCUGCAAACGCUGCCGUGGCGUUGCCGCCAACGGUAGCAACGGCGGCGGCGGCCAGCGUUGUGAGCCUUGCCGGAGCAAUGUUCGCUUUCUGCCGAGAGCCACGGGCCUCCACAACACCACGGUGACGGUGGGCGACCUGCUCGCUCACACUAACUACACAUUUGAGAUCGAAGCGCAGAACGGCGUGUCAGCGCUAGCACCCAAGAUGAGGCAGUACGCCGCCGUCACCAUCACCACCAACCAAGCUGCUCCCUCUCCGGUAACAGUGAUCAAAAAGGAGAAGACGUCUCGAAACAGCGUCUCACUGUCCUGGCAGGAACCAGAGAGACCCAACGGCAUUAUCCUGGACUAUGAGAUCAAGUACUACGAAAAGGAGGAGCAGGAGACCAGCUACACCAUCCUCCGUGCUCGGGGUUGUAAUGUGACUCUGAAUGGUUUGAAGCCCAACACUGCCUACCUGCUGCAGAUCAGAGCUCGCACCGCUGCUGGAUACGGAGCCAGCAGCCCCAGCUUCCAGUUUGAGACCAGCCCAGACUCUGCCUUCUCUAUCUCCAGUGAGAGCAGCCAGGUUGUCCUGAUCGCCAUCUCCUCUGCCGUGGCCAUCAUCCUGCUCACUGUGCUGCUCUACGUCCUGAUUGGCAGGUUUUGUUGCCGCAGCAAAUCCAAACAUCCUGAUGAGAAAAGACUGCACUUUGGCAACGGCCACUUGCGUCUGCCGGGUAUCAGGACCUACGUGGACCCCCACACAUACGAGGACCCGAGCCAGGCUGUGCACGAGUUUGCCAAAGAGCUGGAUGCCUCCUGUAUCGCCAUUGAUAAAGUGGUGGGAGCAGGUGAGUUUGGCGAGGUGUGCAGCGGUCGCCUGAAGCUGCCCAGUAAGAAGGAGAUCUGCGUGGCCAUCAAGACUCUCAAAGGAGGAUACACAGAUAAACAGAGGCGGGACUUCCUCGCUGAGGCGUCAAUCAUGGGACAAUUUGACCACCCCAACAUCAUCAGGCUGGAGGGGGUGGUGACACGCAGUAAACCCGUUAUGAUCGUCACAGAAUACAUGGAGAAUGGAUCCCUGGACAGCUUCUUGAGAAAACACGACGCCCAGUUCACAGGAAUCCAGCUGGUGGGCAUGCUGCGUGGCAUCGCCUCGGGCAUGAAGUACCUGUCAGACAUGGGCUACGUUCACCGAGACCUGGCGGCUCGAAACAUCCUGGUCAACAGCAACUUGGUGUGUAAAGUGUCAGACUUCGGCCUGUCGCGAGUGCUGGAGGACGACCCGGAGGCUGCUUACACCACCAGGGGAGGUAAGAUCCCUAUUCGGUGGACAGCGCCAGAGGCUAUUGCCUACAGGAAGUUUACAUCAGCCAGUGAUGCCUGGAGUUAUGGCAUUGUGCUCUGGGAAGUGAUGUCAUAUGGGGAACGGCCAUACUGGGAGAUGUCCAAUCAGGAUGUAAUAAAAGCUGUAGAUGAGGGUUACCGCCUGCCCCCGCCCAUGGACUGCCCAGCUACGCUCUACCAGCUGAUGUUGGACUGCUGGCAGAAGGAGAGGAACAACCGACCUAAGUUUGAACAGAUAGUCAGCAUCCUGGAUAAACUCAUCCGCAACCCCGGUAGCCUCAAAAUCACGGCCAACACCACAUCCAGGCCGGCCAACUUGUUGCUGGACAGGAGCAGUUCAGAGGCUCCCUCCAUGGGCACGAUGGGUGACUGGAUGGAUGGAAUGAGGACCUUACCCUGCAAGGAGGCCUUCUCCGGGGUCAGCUACAGCUCCUGUGACACCCUGGCCAAGACCUCCACAGAGGAUCUGAAAAAGGUUGGAGUGACUAUCGUAGGACCGCAGAAGAAGAUCGUGAGCAGCCUCAAAGCCCUAGAUUCCCACACCAAGAAUGGCCCAGUACCUGUUUAAAAAAAUGAACCUGUCUUUCCGUCUGUGUUAACAGACUGUGGUUGCUAAUUGCACUCUAACACAGUGGCUGCGUAUCCAAGCUAGAAACAGAUGGAAAUGGGGGGGAGGGGGGUAUAUAUGAUUCAGAUGAGGGCUUUCAUUGUUUCGUUGAAAGACGAUAUCAAGUCCUGAGAGAGUGAAACAGGAAGAGUUCAGUGCAGAUCUGCCAAGCCGGUUGACUGGCUGACUCUUCAAACCUCCAUCCCUCCAUGCCCAAGUUGAGAUGCCUUACAGACUAAUAGGAGGGUAGAGAGAGCAGAGGAGAGCCAAUGAGGUCAGUGAGACCUGGUCAGCGAUUCAAACUGGGACUGGACUGGGAUACGGGGCAAGGACUGGACUGGACUAACAUAAAAGCCGGAGCUCUCCAACAUUGGCUAAGCUGGAUAGCAUAGCCUUCCCUUUACAGCCAAGAGGGGACGGGCAUGCUCACAGUCUCCUCCCACCUGCCUGUGGAACGAGGCGGUGAAACGGCUGAGAUGCCUUGUGUAGACGAACAUGGCAGACAACAGCAGCUCACCUGGAUGUGGACCCUUCCUGGACUAAUGAAGUCUGAGGCGUGAGAUUUUCUUGUAACUACCUGCAUUUCCUGUCUCUAUCCAUGAGAGAGCUGAGCUGGUAUGGACACACCGAGACAAUAACCGAGCCAUUUUACUCUGUAGCUCUAACCUAUAGCAUUUGCAUUCAGUAGACAUGUCACAUAAAAGCAAUAAUUAUGAUAAUCAGUUCAAUAGUCUGUAGUAUGGAAGCCAUGAGUCUGUCACAUGUAUAAUGUAUUGAACGCUGUGCUUUGAAGGUACAGGGGCCAUAACGCACUUCACACACACAGAGUUUUCUUUUACGGUGAAAUCUAUGUUUCUAUGUGCAUAUGAGCAGAUAUUGUACAGUUGUAGUGCUGUUCCCUCAACCCAAUGCCCUCCGUGUGAAAUCUCAGGAUGUAUACGUUCUUCGUUCUAUUUUCUCUAACAAGGGGAAACAGAUUGAGAGAUGGAGCAGAGCCAGGAACUGAGAGUGCACGUUAAGAUAGACAGGAGAGAGAAACGGGGGGGGGGGGGAAUUUAUGAGAG